AAUAUAUAUGAAUGCAUGAAUUUAAAUUUAUUUUUGGUAAUAUUGGAAAAUAUGUUUUUUGCUCUUUCUCUUGUCAGAAAUCUUGUGGUAGCUGUUUUUACAUUACAAAUUGUGUAUUAUGAGUAUUGUUUUAUAUUACUUUCAGGACAUGUUAAAGUUGUCCGUGCCAUCUAUAAUUACAGUGCACAAAGAGAUGAUGAAUUAACUUUUGAAGAAGGAGACAUAAUUUAUAUUACUGAUCAAAAAGAUUCCAAUUGGUGGAAAGGAAAGUGUGGGUCAAAAGUUGGCUUAAUACCAAGCAAUUAUGUUGAAGAAAAUACACAGGCUCUUGAUUUUCCAUUACAUGAAGCUGCUCGACGAGGAAAUUUGAACUUUCUCACAGAAUGCAUAGCAAAUGGUGUUUCUGUAAAUUCCUUGGAUAAAGCUGGAUGUACUCCACUUCAUUGGGCUGCUCAUGGUGGACAUUCUCAUUGCAUGGAGUCACUUCUUAAUGUCAGCAACAUAGAAAUUAACGUUCAGAAUAAACUUGGUGAUACACCACUUCACUCAGCUGCAUGGAAAAGGCAUAUUACAGCUGUGAAAAUGUUAUUGGACAAAGGUUUGUUGAUGUCUUUUUUAAUAAUAUUUUUGCAGAACAUUAUAAAUAAAUGGUAGGAACUCCAUAUGGUG